UUGUUGCAUUUAUAAGGCUUAGACUUUAUGUACCCAUUCCUUUUCUUUCUACUGCUGGUAAGCAUAACAACUUGAACGAAACCACGUUUGUAUUCCAUCCGAAGUAGAUGAGGCCAUCCAUUUAUUUGUGUAUCUUCUUUACAUUUUAUACAAAGUCGACCCCCUUGUCAAAAAGUUUCUUUUUACCUGUUUCUUACAAUUUGAAGUUCCUAUUUUAUAAGCAUCCAUCUCCAAACAAUAAACUCUCGGCUUUUAAGACAUACCACUCAUCGCCUCCUUGAGCAAUUUUCUUACGCACAAUUUCUCUUUUUUUUCCCUCUUUUCUUUUUUUUUUCACCUGUAUCUAUCUACAAAACUACUCUUUUUGUCAUCUUAACCCCAGAAAGGACCCUGUUUCGCAAUGCCCGCUGCGGAAUCUGCAGUGCUCAUGGCCGGGGGUGUGGGACACCCGUUGAAGAGCUUUGUAGGAGGAUUUUACGGCAAUGAAAAUCCUCUACCUAAGCAGAAGGCUCUCAACGGUUGGGAUCUGAGCCAUGGAAAACAUAACGGUAUCAACGGCAGCUUCGGAAAUAAAAGUGUCAGCGGCUACGCUCCCCAGCCACCUGACAUAAUCGAUAUUCGCGGUGUUGCAGUUGAGAGCGAUCUCAAGGAAGAGAUCCUGUCGUCUUUUCUCUCUACGCCGGGCCAGCGGGCUAUGCCCACCAUUCUUCUAUACGACCAGCGUGGGUUGCAAAUUUUCGAAGAGAUUACAUAUCUCGAAGAGUACUACUUGACCAAUGAUGAGAUAUCAGUCUUGGAGUCCUCGGCCUCUGAGAUAGCUCGCGCGAUUCCGGACGGAUCUAUGGUGGUUGAGCUGGGGAGUGGUAACCUACGGAAGGUCAAUCUUCUCCUUCAAGCCAUCGACAAUGCCGGCAAAAGUGUUGAUUAUUACGCAUUGGACCUUUCCAAGGAGGAGCUAAAGCGUACACUGGCCCAAGUGCCUCAGUACAAACAUGUGCACUGCCAUGGUCUCCUGGGAACAUAUGACGAUGGCCGCGAAUGGUUGAAAGAACCCGCCAGCCUCGGUCGACAGAAAUGCGUCAUGUCGCUUGGCUCAAGCAUUGGCAAUUUCCGCCGCGACGAAGCUUCAGACUUCCUGCGGGGCUUUUCCGAGGUGCUGCGUCCCGGAGAUUCCAUGAUAAUUGGGGUUGAUGCCUGUUCCGAUCCCGCCAAGGUUUAUCACGCAUACAACGACUCGAAAGGCAUCACACAUCAAUUCGUCCUCAACGGUCUUGUUCAUGCAAACAGAAUCCUCGAACAGCAGGUGUUCAAACUAGAUGAUUGGCAAGUUAUUGGCGAAUACGUUUAUGACGCAGAAGGGGGUCGACACCAAGCCUGGUACUCGCCAGUCCGUGAUACAUGGGCUCUAGGCCAGCACAUACCAGCGGGCGAGCGGGUAUUUGUCGAACGAAGCGUAAAGUACAGCAAGUCUGAGACUCGAAAACUCUGGGAAGCCGCAGGGAUGGUCGAGGCUGGCAAGUGGUCUGUCGGCGAAGAAUACGGAGUCCAUGUGCUAACAAAGCCUACGACACCCUUUGCCCUGACUCCGAAUGAAUAUGCGAGCACAACCAUGCCAACCAUGGAGGACUGGAGUGAGCUUUGGGCGAAAUGGGACGCGGUCACCCGCGGGAUGCUCCCCAAGAAGGAGCUUCUCGAGAAGCCCAUCAGGCUGCGCAACGCCUGCAUAUUUUACCUUGGCCACAUCCCGACCUUUUUGGAUAUUCAGCUCACCAAGACCACCAAGGAACCGGCCACGCGACCAGAGGAUUAUGCUCACAUCUUUGAGAGAGGCGUCGAUCCAGAUGUUGACAACCCGGAGCUCUGUCACUCGCAUUCGGAAAUACCGGACGAGUGGCCUCCAGCCUCGGAGAUUGCCGAAUAUCAAGAACGAGUUCGAUCUAGGGUCCGCAGCAUCUACUCCCGCGGCGCUGACAACAUCCCCCGCAACGUGGCUAGAGCUAUCUGGGUUGGCUUUGAGCAUGAGGUCAUGCACUUGGAGACGUUGCUGUACAUGUUGCUGCAGAGUGAUCGAACACUACCCCCUCCUGGGGUCGUCACUCCCAACUUCGAGAAGAUGGCGAUCCGGGCCAGGGCUAACAGGGUUCCAAAUGAAUGGUUCGAGAUUCCGGCAACCGAGAUCAUCGUCGGACUUGAUGACCCAGAGGACAGCACAGAUCCUAACGGACAUUUCGGCUGGGACAACGAAAAACCCCAAAGAAAGGCAACAGUAGGGGCAUUCCAGGCAAAGGCUAGACCAAUCACCAAUCAAGAGUAUGCCUCGUACAUGUACGAGAGAAAUGUCGAAAAGAUUCCUGCCUCGUGGUCGAUGAUGGAUUCGAAAGUUACAGUCAACGGAACGAACGGCGUCAAUGGCCAUUCUGUUUCAAAUGUAAAUGGUCACAGCGGCGGCAAUGGGACUUGUACCAAUGGAAAGUCAAACGGACAUGCCAACGGCCACAGCAAUGGCCACAGCAACGACCACGGCAGCGAUAGCAAUGAGGACCACGUUGAAGCUCCUCCGAAAUACUUCCUCGCAGGCAAGGCGGUGAGAACCGUCUUCGGACUCGUACCGCUUGAAAAUGCACUGGACUGGCCCGUAUUUGCUUCAUACGACGAGCUUGCUGGCUGUGCUUCCUGGAUGGGAGGCAGGAUUCCGACGUUUGAGGAAACCAAGAGCAUCUAUGCAUACGCCGAGGUCAUGCGCAAGAAGCAGGCGCAGAACAUUUUGUCUGGAACAGUGCCGGCUGUCAAUGGCCAUCUGUCCAACAACGGCGUUGAAGAGACACCACCAUCACGAGGAGACAAGCCUGCCAGUGAGGAUGGAGCAAUUCCAUCCACACAGGCAGACGAGAACCUAUUUAUCGACCUUGGCGGUUCCAACGUUGGGUUCCAGAACUGGCAUCCAACUGCGGUGACAGCCGACGGUGGGAGGCUCGCUGGACAGUCGCAAAUGGGAGGCGUCUGGGAGUGGACCAGCUCGCCAUUGCGGCGGCAUGAAGGCUUUGAACCGAUGUCCUUGUACCCCAACUACACAGCCGACUUCUUUGACGAGAAGCACAACAUAAUCCUGGGUGGUUCUUGGGCUACACACCCUCGCAUCGCGGGCCGGAAGUCCUUCGUCAACUGGUACCAGCGAAACUACCCCUACGCCUGGGCUGGUGCGAGACUUGUCCGCGACAUCAAGAACUAGGCUGCGCCUCUGCAUACCUAUAUUUGCUUCGUUGUACAGGAACCUGUCCCAAUUUUGGUGGAGCAGUAGUUUGUCGCUGGAAAAAAAGUUAUUUUGUGUAUGAUGUACAGAAAAAAAAGUCUCCGUUUUUCUUGGCAGUUACUAUACUUGACCUUGGAGGGAGAUUCUGGUCCAGCCCGGCUCGGUUGGAAAGACAAAGCCUGUUUUUUUUUUUUUUUGGUCGCGCCGUUACGCAUCAAAAGUAUGUUUAGUUUUCAGGCUAUGGU